CCCCGGAAGCUGCGGGGAGGGGCGCGGCAGGGCGAUGGCGGCCGAGGGGACCGCGGCGGCGCCGCCGGAGCCCGAGGGCGGCGGCGAGCCGGAGGGCGGCUUCGGGCAGCUGCUGGAAGAGGAGGAGGAGGGCGACGACGGCGGCUACGUGCUGUACAGGGACAGGAAGGAGUGGGCAGAUAUUGAGCCGGUGCCUCAAAACGAUGGGCCAAAUCCUGUGGUUCAGAUCAUCUACAGUGAAAAAUUUAGAGAUGUGUAUGAUUACUUCCGGGCCGUUCUGCAACGGGAUGAAAGAAGUGAAAGAGCUUUCAAGCUAACUGCAGAUGCCAUUGAGUUGAAUGCUGCAAACUACACGGUAUGGCAUUUUCGGAGGGUCCUCUUGCAGUCUUUGGGAAAGGAUCUCCAUGAGGAGCUUAAGUAUAUUACAGCUAUUAUUGAAGAUCAGCCAAAGAACUACCAAGUCUGGCAUCACAGACGGGUAUUGGUAGAAUGGCUGCAGGAUCCAUCUCAAGAGCUUGAGUUUAUAGCUGACAUUCUCAACCAAGAUGCCAAGAAUUACCAUGCCUGGCAGCACAGACAAUGGGUUAUUCAGGAGUUCAAGUUAUGGGAUAAUGAACUGGAAUAUGUAGACCAGCUUCUGAGGGAGGAUGUGAGAAAUAACUCUGUUUGGAACCAAAGACACUUUGUAAUUUUCAACACCACUGGCUAUGAUGAUCCAGCAGUCCUAGACAGAGAAGUCCAAUACACCCUUGAGAUGAUCACAGCAGUACCACAUAAUGAGAGCGCUUGGAACUAUUUAAAAGGGAUUCUUCAGGAUCGAGGUCUUUCGAAAUACCCAAAUCUAUUAGAGCAACUGUUGGAUUUACAGCCCAGCCACAGCUCACCCUAUCUGAUUGCCUUUCUUGUGGACAUCUAUGAAGAUAUGCUUGAAAACCAGUGUGAUAACAAGGAAGAAACACUAAACAAGGCGUUAGAGUUGUGUGAAAUUCUGGCUAAAGAAAAGGACACCAUCCGAAAGGAAUAUUGGAGAUAUAUUGGAAGGUCCCUUAAGAACAAGCACUGCUCAGGCACUGAACAGAGCACACCAACAGAUAAGCAGCAGUAACUGAACAUGGAAGAAAACGGUGUUAAGCUGUGAAGCUGUUUUAGAGAACCAAGCAGGGGGGCAUCAGCCAGUGUAAAAUGCUAUGUAGUUUUCCCUCGUUAUCAGGUAUCAUAAUGAAAGAAGUGAAGAGCGCUGCAUAGUCUGUUGGGUCACUGCUGCUACUGGUGAUGGCUGUUGGUGCAGUAAAGAAGUUUAUUAAGGUUUAAUAAUUAUUGAAAUGUACCAAAUAAAGGACUUACUUCAUAAUAAAUACAUAAAGCUAUACUUGCUAUUUAUAAGGCACUAAACCAGUUUCUCACACUCUGGCUUGUCUGCUCCAGGGCCCCUUCUCUUCCUAACACUGUCAUGUCUGACUUACUUGCAGUCAUCACUGCAGAGGCUUGGGUUUAGUGGAUAUAAAGUAACCUAGUUCUGGUGUCUACAGGCAGGGGCUGCAGUUGUUGCCGUGUAUGGGAAGAGCUCUGCAACACUGACAGCAUGUGCUGUUGUAUGCAGCUAACACACCAACUGUCAUUUUGUAAUAAAAACAAAUGACUUAAACUA